CAGAGAAAAGAGAGGAAACAACAAGCAGAGUUGCCAUGGAUACCAGCAGCAGCUCAUUCCAAAGAGGAGAGAAGAACUCUCAGUCCAUGCGCAUGGCCGCCAAAGAGGUCUCCAUUGUGGGCAAGAAUACCACAAGCUCCAUCGCUGAGCGCUUCUCCAAGUACCAAAAAGCAGCGGAGGACAUCAAGGGGGACAAGAAGAAAACAGUUGUGGAGAACCUGCCCUCCACCAGUGGCAAUUUGACCGCUCUGAAGAAGCGCUGGGAGAAGGCCUCGUCCAUUGAGGAAGACCCUGACGCAUCAUCCACCACCAGCACCACCACCACUGGAGAAACCCGAGCUUUGCGCCCCCCAGCCAGGCCUGCUGCCCGGGAUCCCAUGUCAGAGGAGCAGGAUAUGGAGAGCCAGGAGAGACGCCAGGAGAUGGACCCCAGUGCCACCAGCGUGCCCAGCGCCACAGAGAAGCCCAACGUGCCCCUCACCAGCCUGAAGAUGAUGUUCGAGAAGGGGGAGAACAUGCAGAAGAAGGUGUCCAAGGAAUCCAGCCGUAUGGGGUCUAGCACCAGCAUGCCAGAGAACAUGCAUCUGCAAGGUGGAGAGAAAGUUGAGACGACUCCGCUGCGGGACCGGAUGGCCAUCUACCAGGCAGCUGUGUCCAAGCAGGAUAUCCUCAGCACUCCCUCUCGCACCAGUGACUUGGUUCAAAAGGAGAACGUUCCUCCAAGUACUGUGGAGACGUGUGCUUCAGAGCCCAACAGCAGAAAGGGUUCCUCAACGGACAGCAAUGGAACUGCACCCAUGUCUCCUUAUGAUGCCACUCAGCCUAAAUCAGCCAAGAAGUUCAGCUUGCCUACACGGGAGACGUGUGUGAUGUGCCAGAAGACAGUGUACCCUCUGGAGCGGCUGAUGGCCAAUCGGCAGGUCUUCCACAGCACCUGCUUCCGCUGCAGCCACUGCAACACCAAGCUCAGUUUGGGCAACUACGCCUCCCUGCACAACAGUGUCUACUGCAAGCCCCACUUCUGCCAGCUCUUCAAGGCCAAGGGCAACUAUGACGAGGGCUUUGGACACCGGCCACACAAGGAGCUGUGGGAAGGCUCGCCCAAACCUGUGCCAGAAGAGAAGCCGAGGGAGAGCACAGUGACUGCUGAGAGGAUCACAAGCCCCGUGGUGGAGGACUCUCCCCUGGCCAAGGUGAACGUGGUGAUGGCCUCCCUGGAAACGCGCUCCCUGGCCGGCUCCCUGGAGAAGGUCCCUACUGGCUCUGUGGAGCGUCUGACCGAGACGGGCCGCCUGAAGAUCUCCUGGCCUCCUCGAGCUGCUGCUGCUGCAGCCGGUGACGGGUCACCUGCACCUGUGGCCCAGCCCCUGCGAGAGGCCUGUGGAAACCCCGUGGUUGCUUCCGGCGCUGGAGCUGUACCUGUUCCGGAGAGUCCCGGGGUGCGGUCGCUGUGCGCCAAGUGGCCACCGGAGGGCGACGUCUUGUCGCCGGUCCACAGUCCAGAGCUGUCUGAGCUCACCAGCCUGCGCAGGACCUCGUCUCUGAGGGAGCGCAGCCGACAGUUCUGCCGCAACCCGAACGCCCCGUCCUCCCUGUCGUCCUCCGUCCCCAAAGACGCGUGCUCGUCCCUGCCUCAGCUGGCCAAGAUGUCCACAGAGGACCAGGAAGUGAGUUUGACCAAUCAGAGCCCUGAACAGGAAGAGGAGGAGGAAGUGGCACCAAGUAACACGGAAGAGGAGGAGCUAGAGCUAGAGCAAGAGCAAGAGCAAAAGGAGGAGGAAGCAGCAACCCUGCAGCAAGAGGGAAAGCAACAGGCUGAAGAGGAGGAGGAGGAGGAGGAGGAGGCGAUGAUGGCCAGUGAUGAAGAAGAGAUGGAAGCAGAGGAGCAGCAGCAGGAGAUGUCUGUGGAAGACGUGAUUAGACAGAAUCGCCACUACGAAGGGGAAGAAGAGGAGGAAGAAGAGGAAGAGGAGGAUGUAUAAUAUUGGACUACCUAGCACCAAAAAUGCCAAGAAAACUGAGAGCAUGACUGUUUUAGUAUUAUUAUUAUGCCCAUCAUAUUCUUUUUGGCUCAAUCUAUCUGAUUUAACCAAAGCAAAUGUCUAUCCAAACGUUUUCCUCCAAUAUGGCUGUGGUGCAGUGAUUUCCAUCGGUCUCUGCAGGUGCCUGUGACUGCUGCAGAGGAGGUAAAGCACUGCAUCUGAUGGUGCAGCUCUACAAGUCAUAUCAUACAGGACACUAUAUAUUAUCCAGUGUAUCAGCUUUGUAUGCGUCUUUUUAAGUGAUUUUUAAGUGGUUUUGCAUUACUAAGUCGCUUGAGACUGAGAUGCAAAGCAUUGUUUUGUCUGUUCACCCUCCCUCCCAUCCAACAUCCCUUGUUAUGGGGGUGUUGAUGUGAAACAUUUUAAUGUCAUUUUAUUUUGGUUUUAAAUCUUCUUUUUCUUCAAGACUAUCCUUACUCUCAUUGUAUGUUUUGUGUCAUGUUUGUAUUUUGGUCAUGUUAUGUUGAUGGUCUGACAAGGCUUUUUGGGUCUUCCUAUUCACUUGUUUCAACUUGUUCAAUAAUUGCACCGUGUGGGUUGUUUAAAGGUCUUAUUCAAAUGUGAACUUGAUCAAUUUAACCAUUUGUGACAAAUGUGCUGAAAUAAAUAAUUUCUAUACAUCCA